AUGGUCACAGAAACUCGCAAGGGAAACACAGACCGCAACUCCGCUGUUUCUAUAGAGUUCACACUGGGUGGAACAGGGAGCCCGAACGUCGACAUUUUUGCUGACUCAUUGAGUCCAGAGUGUGCGAUGCAUGAAGAAGAGGAGGACGUCUCUACGAGUGACUCUAGACUGGACGUUACCGAACAGAAGGAAGAGGGCAAUCAGGAGCAAACAGUGGACGACGAGCCGCCGACACGCAACGUUCUGCUCAAAGCGCGACCGCACGUGUUCGCCGUGUUCGAGCUGCUGACGCUGGUGGUCGUGGCGACGUACGCCUACUACAACCCCAAGCGCUGGCCGUGGCCCCUGCAGCUGAGCUGCGCCAGUCUGGACUGUUUUAACGUGCAAGCAGAGCUGCACUCGUCCAUGGACCUGAGCGCCGAACCGUGCGACGACUUCUACCAGUACGUGUGCGGACACUGGGCCGAGGGUCACUCGCGCUACCAGGACCAGUUCCGAUACCUGGAGGCGAAGGUGUACAUGAAAGUGAACGACAAGCUACGCGAGCGUUUCGAGGACCUGCCCCAGCCAAGCAAGCCCCUGAGCACGUCCGACAAGGCGGUCAUGAGCUACGUGGCCUGCACCGAGGUGCUGCAUCGGGGCAUCGACGUUCCCUGGCUCAUCGACAGCCUGCUGUUCCUGGGAAAUGACAAGCCGGGUCACUUCCUCGCCACUUCCGGGAGCAAGAACGCUUCCGCCGAGGCGCUCGCCACGCUCGUCUCGCUCGCCAUGGACUACGACCUGGACGUGCUCUUCGAAGUGGUCCUCACUCCUGAUCUCACGUCCCAGCGCCGAAGCGUGCUGAGCGUGGCCCACAGUUCGUCCCUGCUGCGCUGGAAGCGGCAUCGCGAGCGCUACCUGACGGCCGAGUCGACUGCUCGCUGUGUGCGCCAGUUCACGAGCGUCAUGUCGUGCAACUGCAACCCGGAACCGGGCCUGACGGUCGCGCUUGUCACCAUGGACGCUGAGGUGACCGCCAAGAUGGCCGCCUCCGCAGCGACAUCCGCCGGAAAAGGCGCACACAUUCGGUUCCGCGACGUUCCUUCCGCUCACGCCACAGUCUGGCUGCGUGCGGUUCGUGACAACCUCAAGGCGGCGAUCAAGGACGACGAUGAGGACGAUCCAAAGGAGACCUUACCCCGGAAGGCUUCCGGCUCCGCCAGACGUGGUGACCGCCAGGCCUGGAACCUGACCGGCGACAGCAUGCUGUACACAACCGACCCGAGGCUCUUCGGCCUGAUAGACGAGACAUUGACACUGCAUCCGGAGUCGCACGUGCGCUUUUACGUCGCCUUCCAGGUUGUGCGAGCUCUGGCGCCGUUCGCUUCGUACCGCCUCACACAGUCGCUGUUUAGCGACGACAACGCGACGGCCGUGUACCUGUAUGUGGCUGACGCAUGCGCAGCAGCCGCCAGCAAGCUCACCUCUUUCGCCCUGGCGACGUUCGUCUUUCAAGGUGUGAUGACGGCGCGCCGAGUGCAGCUCGCACACGAACAGGUUGACGCGCUGCGAAACGAGACGAUGGCGUCCUUGUCGUGGCUCGAGCGCGGCGAGCAAGAGGCGGCUCGCCAGCGGUUGUCCUCCCUGCGCUCGGUGGUCGCCUGGCCCGAACGGCUCAACUCCAGCGAUGCCCUGGACGCUUACUUCGCCGACCUACCGGACUUCCGCGGCUACUACGUCGAGGUCUACCUGGACUCGGUCAAGGCCCUCAGGAAGAGGGACAAGCUGCGACUGCUGUUUGCGGCCGACUCCAGUGGUGUCGCCAACGUUACGGGACAGCUCGCUGGGCUCCCUGAAGAAGUCGCUCCUAUUCAAGGAUUCAGGCCGUCAGUGCGGUACAGUCCUUGGCUGGACAGCCUGCUCAUAUCACCGGGAACGCUGUUCGAGCCGGUCCUGUUUGCUGCCGAUAGUGACAACCAGACGGUGAUCGACGACGUUGGAGACGGCAACAACGCCACGGCAGCUGCUGAGGGCAUGGUGGUGGCUCUGGCCCUGGCCGGACUCGGUCACCUCGUGGCGCACGAACUGUGGCACGCGGCGCUCGGCGAGCGCACCGCGGGCACCUCGCCGGAGCCGGACAUCACCCUGACCGGAGCUCGAGUCCGCAGGCAUGCCUGUCUCACCGACGUCUAUAAAGGAGCCGCGGGCGUCGCCGGCAUUGGGACCGCGAAGAACACCGUAGCAUCGCGUCUCACUAAGGGGGCCUCCGAGAACCUGGCCGACGUCGCCGGACUCCAGGUGGCGUACGCGGUGUACGCUGCUUCCGCGGCCGACCACGGAGCAGCCGCCACCAAGAGCGAGACCAAGGCGGGUAACGCUACGGGGGCUGGCUCGUGGAUCUCCCGGGUCACGGGGUUCACAGAACGCGAGCUGUUCUUCAUCGCCUCCUGUUUCAAGUGGUGCGCGUCCGUGGCGGACGACGUGGUGUCGGGCUCGCUGGGCUUCACGCCCGCGCGGUUGCGUUGCAACGUCCCCGUGGCUUUGACCAGUGGCUUUGCCGAGACGUUCGGAUGCAGCAAGGAGCACCGAAUGUCCCGCAUCGCCGCAAAUUACUCGUGCACUUCACCCGGAAAGCCGAUCGCGCCUUCAAUCCCUGUGUCUACCGGAAGGAAGCUUUCCGGUGUCGAUACUGUCAAGACGAAGACUGCACCUUGACGAUCGAUGCUUCGUUUGAUCGACUGGCGUCGACGUUUCCAUUACAACUAUUUCGUUCAUUUAUGGUGCAUAGCAGAAUUUCGCGAGAGCGCAUUAUCAGUGAAAGUGGACGCUGCAGCUCACUGCGACCUCUUUUAUUAAACGGUUUGAGCAUGACUGUUCGCAAUUAAUA